AUGAGCACAGCAGACCACCCCCCGCAGAGACCCCCCCCCACAGAGGGGAGGAGUCAGCUGAUAACGCAGAUCCGGGCCUGGUCCAAGACUGUGUACCAGGAACAGUUCUCAUCUCCAGGUCGAGUUUUCAGAACUGAAGCUCGACCGACUUCAGCUCAUCGACGGAACAACCCUCAACCCAAACGUGACUUCUUGUUUCCUCGUAGUCUGAAGCCCUCUUCACUGCGCCCCCUACAAUCUGACAGUGGUAAUGCAGUACGUCCCCUGCAGACCAGACCCACAGAGGAGAAGGGCACUCAGCUCAACAUGGGAACAGUGACACAGCUCCCCCCUGUGUUUAAGAGGAGUACUGCUGACGCUAAUGCAGGGAGAGAUGCGAGUGUGUGGGGACAAAACACUGUUCACGGCCACCGCAGACAGAGGGCGCUCUCCUCUGGGGCUCUAGACUAUGGACGCUGCAGCUGUUUUCAUCGGGUCAAAGCGUUCCACAGCGGGCACUACACGGUCCACCCAGAGUUUGUCUCAGAGCUCCUCUCACAGUAA